GCACCUUCACUUAAGGUAUCGCCCCAUCUUGCUGCAUCUUCAGUAACGCCUCUUCAACGCUUUUGACGCCUAGAAACGGAUCAAUCGACUUAGUCUCAGAGCAUAAGCCCCUCUUUCAACUAAACAUCCCGAGCCCGUCCAUCAUAUUUAUAUCCAAGCUGGAUAAGCGUGCUUCCCGCAGACCCCUCCUCCUCCUACUCUCUCUCUUCAUCCUUCUCGUCGCCGUCACUCUGGCUUCCUCACGAGCCUUCUCUCGUCUCGGCUCUUUAGUGAAUCACUUCAGAUUCCAAGCCCCACGAACUAUUCUAUCACGAAGACAGCUUGUUACUAGCACAAUGGCUCCCGACAAGUAUCGUAACCCUCCUCAGGCACCGCCUCUGUUCACCGCCACCCCCGAAUCGAUCGCUGCCGAUACCAAGAAGCUUUGCGAUGCUACCAAGAAUGUUUUGGACUCUGUAACUGCCAAUGUUACUGCCGACAAGGCCUCUUUUGCCAAUGUGCUUGAGCCCAUCCUCAUUGACGAAAACUUGGCUGCCACCAAGAGACGCAUUCUGACCUUCUACCACCAUGUUUCCACCAACAAGGAGCUUCGCGAUGCCUCUACUGAAGCCGAGAGUGCCUUCAAUGACUUCGGCAUAGAGUGUAACAUGCGGGAGGAUGUCUUCAACGCCGUCGAUGCUGCCUACGCCAACCGAGCAUCUCAGGAUCUCACCAAGGAGCAGGCGCACGUCCUUGAGAAAGAGCGACAGAAGUACAUUCGCAACGGUCUUCGACUGCCCGCUGGUCCUAAGCGAGACCGCUUCAAAGAGAUCCAGAAGCGUCUGAGCGAGCUUGAGAUAAAGGCUCAGAAAAACCUCAACGAAGAGAAGGGUGCCAUCUGGUUUACCCCCGAGGAACUCAAGGGAGUUCCUUCUGACGACAUUGACAUUGAUUCACUGGAGAAGGGCACUGGUGAAAAUGAGGGCAAGGUCAAGCUGUCCUUUAAGUAUAACCAUUACUUCCCUCUUAUCAAGUAUGCUAUCGAUGCCGAUACUCGCCGCAAGUACACCAUUGCGGAAUCCAACAAGGCGAAUGUCAAUGUUCCUAUCUUCCAAGAGAUCAUCGCCCUCCGAGAUGAGGCCGCUCGCCUUCUCGGUUACGACAACCAUGCCGCUCUGCGCAUUGAAGAAAAGAUGGCCAAGACUCCUGCUGCUGUUCGCACUUUCCUAGACGAUCUUCGCAACAGACUGGCCGAAGGUGGUGCGAAGGAGAUCAACGCACUGAAAGAGUACAAGAAGAAGGACUACGAGGAGCGUGGCCUUUCAUUUGACGACAGCUUCUACAUGUGGGACACAUCGUUUUACUCCAGAAUACAAAAGGAGAAGGAGUAUAGUGUUGACGAAGCCGCAAUCUCGCAGUACUUCCCUGUUGAGUCGACAUUUGCCGGUAUGCUCAAGAUUUUCGAGGAGAUUUUCGGCUUCGUGUUUGUCGAGCUCAAGCCUGAGGAGCGAGCGAGGCUCAGCCCCACUGGCAAGGCGGAAGACAUUGUGUGGCAUGAGGAUGUUCUGAUCUACAGCGUGUGGGACGAUGAGGCCUCGGGCUCAAGCUUCAAUGGUUAUCUGUACCUGGAUCUUCACCCCCGAGACAACAAGUAUGGCCACAACGCCAACUUCAACCUUGAGCCUGGCUAUGUCACCGAGGAUGGCAAGAAGCACUACCCCGUCACUGCUCUUGUUUGCAACUUCAGCAAGCCUUCACCAAAGAAACCUUCUCUGCUCAAGCAUCACGAGGUUGUGACCCUGUUCCACGAGCUGGGCCAUGGCAUUCACGACUUAGCUGGCCGUACCCGCUACAGCUACUUCCACGGAACUUCUACGGUGCUUGACUUUGUUGAAGCCCCAUCUCAAAUGCUGGAGAACUGGUGCUGGACACCUAGCGUUCUUAAGUCGCUUUCCAAGCAUUGGGAGACUCAGGAGCAAAUUCCCGACGAGCUUAUCGAGAAGCUUGUCUCCACCAAGCGCCUCAACUCCGCUAUAGGUGCACUGGGACAGCUCGUCAUUGGACUCUUUGACAUGACUGUGCACACGCCCGAGUCUCAUGAGGCUGUCAAAAAGCUCAAUGCCGGCCGAGUUUGGAACACCCUUAGGCAUGAGAUAUCUGGCACCAAGGGCCCUGAGGAUCUGGGCGAAGGACUUGAAUGGGGUAACAGGCAUGCCGGCAUUGGCCACUUCAUCGGCGGGUACGAUGCUGGUUACUACGGCUACCUCUACUCAGAGGUGUUCUCGCUCGACAUGUUCCACUCGUUCUUCGCCAAGAACCCAAUGGACGGCAAGGAGGGUCGCCGAUAUCGCCAUACCGUUCUCGAGAGAGGUGGAAGUAUUCCUGAGUUGGAAUUCUUGAGGGAGUUCUUGGGCCGGGAGCCUAGUUCGGAAGCUUUCUACAAGGAGCUUGGACUUUCUUCAUCCGCGUAGAUGGCCUUGGAAGAUAGUCACGGAGAAAAGAAAGCCGCGUAGACAAUAUUUUAUCGUAUCAAACAAAGUCAGCGAAGCAGAAGAGAAUAAACCGUCAGCGAUUGGUCAGACAAAAGGAAUGAUGCCGUGAAAGUAUCGCAGCUCGGAAUGUUUUUCGAUAACCCACGUGGAAGUGUUGCACGAGAAUAGUACCAAGUUCUUGGUUUUCAAUGGAUGCAGUGAUAUACGAGAAC